AUAGUGUAGUGUAGUUGUUUCAGUGUUCGCGCCACGAAAUUUAAAGCCAAUGUAAAAACUUACGCUCCCUCUACUUUCCCCUCUUGUCGCGCUUGCAACGGGCUUCAUUAGUUGUUUUCGUGCGAGAGUGUACGCCACGCGUUGUUUUGUUUUUACCACUCAACGUUUUUUACCUUAUUAGAUGGGUCAUAAACGGAAAGCUAAAAAGCUAAUUCGUAAGCGAAAUAAAAGAAGGAGGAAAGAUGAUCGAUUACAGGAUAUCGCGUAUAAUAUUUUAUGCGAAUUGCGGUCGAAGCAAGGUCGUGACAGCGAUACGGAGGUAGAUACCAGUGCUGAUUCAGAGCAAUCAGCAUCAACACCGCGUGCCGGUCCUUCGGAAACAAGUUUUGAUAAUCGAGAUUUAACAUCUCUCUUUUACGAAAGUGAAGCAAGCGCAGACGGGGAAAAAGAAAACGUGCCUCCCUUUUCGAUUCCGUCAGAAUUCCUAACUUUGUUGGGCCAAUCCACAGAACCGGCAGUUACCUUACACAAUGAACUGCAUGUCGAGUUAGUCUCUCGCUGGGAGAAUAUCUUGAAAUCGGGGUUGGAUCCACAAGUGGCCAACGAUUUAAUAUCCAAAUAUCCCCCAGCAGAAAACUGCAAGGUCAUUGGGGUACCUAAAUUAAACCCUGAAAUCGAAACCGCCAUGACAGAACAACACAAGCAAAGGGACAAACGAUUAGCCGAAACUCAGGGACGACUUGCAGCAGCUCUCGCAGCAAUCGGCAGGAGUUUGACGAUUUUGUUAACUCAGGAGGGGAGCGAUCUAGGGCUGACCCUUAUUGAGUACCUGAGCGAUGCGAGUCGCCUUCUCUCCGAUGCUCAUCACCAAGAAUCCGAGGCUAGAAGAUUUUUAGUGGCAUCAGGCCUAAAUAAGCAAUGCCGGGAGACUAUUGCUGCAGCUCCUAUAGGUGAAUGGCUUUUCGGAAAUGAUCUUACAGAGCGUAUGAAGGCUGCGAAGACCCUUGAACGUUCAUCAACUGAAUUCAAACCUACGAAGCCAAAACCUAUAAUUAAAAACUUCCCUAAAAGGCAGGGAAAUGCGAGGGGUCUGCCUCGGACGCUGAACACAUCCAGUCGGGGCAGACCGAAAAACUACAUACCACAACUGAGAGACCGCUACCAACAGUUACCCAGAAAAUAUUAUCAAAAUCAGUCCCAACACCAGAAUCGUCGUUAGUGAAGGUAAACAGGUCAGCCGGAAGAUUAAGUUUUUUUGUAAAUGCUUGGCGUGGAAUAACCCGAGAUCCGGUUAUUCUUUCUUGGAUUGAGGGCUAUACUAUACCUUUUAGUAAACAACCGAUACAAACUUAUCGGCCAAAGCAGAUGCGAUGGUCGAAAACUGAAUUAUCAGUAGUUAAAAUUCAUUUAACUAGUUUGUUAUGUAAUGGAGUAAUUUCAAAAUGUCGCCCUUCAAGGGGCCAAUUUGUGUCGAACAUUUUUUUAGUGCCCAAGCCUGAUGGUUCACACAGGCUAAUCCUUAACUUAAAAGAGCUUAACCAGUACAUAGAAACUCAACAUUUUAAAUUAGAAGACUAUAGAUCAGUUACUAAGUUAGUUACGGAGAAUUGUUUUUUCGCAUCUCUGGACUUAAAGGAUGCAUAUCACUUAGUCCCAAUUAGAGUUAAGGAUAGGAAGUUUUUAAGAUUUUACUUUGAGGAAGAGCUUUUUCAAUUUAAUUGUCUUCCUUUUGGGCUUUGCACUGCUCCUUUAGUGUUUACAAAAAUAUUGAAACCAGUUUUUGCCAAACUUAGACUACAAAAUUUUGGGUCUAAUGUUUAUCUAGAUGAUUUCUUACUUCUUGGAGACUCGUUUCGCGAUUGUUUAUCCAAUGUUGCCACCACAAGAUCUCUACUGGAAGAACUAGGGUUCAUUAUAAACGAGAAAAAGAGCCGAUUUACACCCAAUCAGAGUAUACAGUACCUAGGCCUUGUUUUUAAUUCUCGCUCGAUGACAGUUAGUCUUCCAGUUGAGAAGCAAAAACGUAUUCUGCAAGAUAUCCACACUUUAGAGACUAAACUUAGUUGCAAAAUUAGAACCUUCGCAAAAUUCAUUGGUAGGAUUAUUGCAGCAACGCCUGCGGUUCGUUAUGCGAUGCUGUACACUAAGAAUUUUGAAAGGCAAAAAUUCUUAGCUCUUAAAAAGUCAGGGGGGGAGUACAACAGUACUAUGACAAUUCCCUCCACACUGCGGCACGAUUUUCUUUGGUGGAAGUCUCACAUUCAGGAAAGCAGAUGUAUUAGACCCAUAAAUUACACAAUGGAGAUUUUUAGUGAUGCAUCUCUUUCGGGCUGGGGAGUAGCUUGUUCAGGUAAAAGGUCUCAUGGAUUCUGGACACGAAUGGAAAGCAAAAAUCAUAUCAAUUUUUUGGAGUUGCAGGCAGCCUUUUUUGGUUUGAGGUGCUUUGCAGCUAAUUUUAAACAAACCAAUAUUUUACUCAGAAUAGACAAUACCACUGCUAUAUCUUAUAUAAACAGAAUGGGGGGUGUCCAGUAUCCACAUUUAAAUAUGUUGACUCGAGAUAUUUGGCAGUGGUGUGAGAAACGCGAAUUAUGGAUUUUUGCUUCGUAUAUUCAAUCUUCCGAUAAUGUUGAAGCAGAUCGCGAAUCGAGGCGUAAGGUUUCUGAAUCUGAAUACGAGUUAUGUGAUCUUGCCUUCCGGAAAAUCUGUACCGAUUUAAGACAUCCAGACAUAGAUUUUUUCGCUUCUAGAACCAAUAAUAAGUGUGAACGAUAUUUUUCCUGGCUUAGGGACCCAGGAGCAGAAGCAGUGGAUGCCUUCACUGUAAAUUGGGUUGAUAAAAAUUUUUAUGCUUUCCCUCCUUUCGCGUUAAUUCUCAGAGUACUUCAGAAAAUUAAGUCCGAUAACGCGGAAGGGGUUUUGGUUGUUCCCUUUUGGCCUACACAACCUUGGUGGCCAUUAUUUAAUGCAUUAUUAAUUAAACCACCUAUUUAUUUCAAACCUAAUCCUAACUUGUUGUUAUCUGCUGAUAGGACGCCACAUCCGCUGCACGUAACCCUUACCCUGGUAGCAGGACUGUUAUCAGGCUAGCCUUAGAAAACAAGGGAAUUCCAGAGAUGGCCGUGGAAGUAUCCCUCGCCUCGCUGACCAAAUCCUCAAUAAGUCAAUAUAACCAUGGCUUAAAAUUAUGGUGGGAUUUCUGUGUAGGAAACAAAUUCGAUCCCUUUAUUCUCAACUUUAACAACAUUUUAAGUUUUUUAAGCGAUUUGUUUAAUAGAGGAUUUAGUUACAGUAAUCUUAAUACCGUUCGGUCAGCCCUCUCGUUAAUACUUUCACCAGAAGUAGGGUCUGACGCUAGAAUUAAACGGUUUUUUAGAGGGGUCUUUAAGUUAAGACCAUCCUCUCCCAAAUACAAACAUACUUGGGAUCCUACCAUAGUUUUAAGCCAUUUAUCAACAUACU